AUGAGGCCUCCAACAAGGCAGUGCUUGAGCUUGGAAGUCAACAUUUCCAGAGCAUCGCGGUUUUUCGCACUAGUAUCGCCUGGGUCUCGGACAUUCCCCACGUCGAGCAGAUCGACUUCCGUCUCGUCCAUUUCAAUCGGCUGUCGCGCCUUCAGAUCGCAAGCACGUGAGGUCAAUAAGCAAGUGACUACCAACACUUACAUCUGCGACCAACCCGCUCCGGCAUCUUCGCUCGACGGACAUCCUAGAGCCCAGCGCAGCAUCAUAUAUUCGCCGCUGCGCAAGCCGAUCCGGACCAGCCGCCACCUUGAUCUUCAUAGCAGCGUCACAUAUACCACCGGCGCCGCAAUCGUUUUCGCCGUCAUCGCCAUUUCCUGCCUUGCGACAGCCAACUUGCCCGAGCAUCCAACAACUACUGCGACUCCGGAAGACAUUGCGAUCGCUUCCUCGCCAUCCCACAGCAUGCCGGACCAAAUCGCACCGGGGCACGUGGGCAACCUCACCCCAGAGCAGGAAGAGAAGCUGCGCCAAUUGUGGCAGGCCUUCUUCCAGCUCUGUGGCGUCCUUGAGGACAAUGGCUCUGCCAGCACGGACGCGGCAGCCCGUGGAAAAGCAGAACCGGCAGAAGCAGAGAAGAAGAGGCGAUUUGGCGUCUUCAAGAGGAAGGGAAACGAAAAGUCCGCCUCAGCGAGCGAGGCUACCGAGGACGACAAAUAUGGCCAGAACAAACACUUCCAAGAGGUUCUUGCGACUAACAGCCCCGAGGCCAUUCGCGAGACGUUUUGGAGCAUGGUGAAGCAUGACCACCCAGAUGCCCUCGCCCUGCGCUUCCUCCGAGCCCGCAAGUGGGAUGUGGACAAGGCCCUGGUCAUGUUGGUGUCCACCAUGAGCUGGCGACACAGCGACAUGAAGGUGGACCUUGACAUCAUGGCGAAUGGCGAGGAGGGAGCCGUUGUCGAUGCGCGGGAGGGCGAGAAAGAUGCCAAGAAGGUUGGCGAGGACUUCUUGGCGCAGCUUCGUAUGGGUAAAAGCUUCUUGCAUGGUGUGGAUAAGCAGGGCCGACCAAUUUGUGUGGUCAGAGUCCGCCUCCAUCGUCAAGGCGAGCAGUGCGAAGAGAGUCUGGAACGAUAUACCGUUUUCCUAAUCGAAACGGCGAGAAUGGUGUUGAGACCACCUGUUGAUACAGCAACCAUCAUCUUCGACAUGACUGGAUUUUCCAUGGCAAAUAUGGACUACACUCCCGUCAAGUUUAUGAUUAAGUGCUUCGAAGCCAACUAUCCCGAAUCUCUUGGAGCUGUGCUUGUUCACAACGCACCGUGGAUCUUUCAAGGAAUCUGGAAGAUCAUUCGCGGCUGGCUGGAUCCGGUGGUGGCGGCCAAGGUUCAUUUCACGAAUAAUAAGGGCGACUUGCAGGAAUUCAUUGAACCCUCGCAUAUCCUCAAGGAACUUGGCGGUGACGAAGACUGGGAAUUCAAAUAUGUGGAGCCCGUCGCUGGCGAAAAUGACCUGAUGAAGGAUGUCGACACCAAGGCAAAGCUUCUCGCGGACAGGGGAAAGCUUGUCAAGGAGUACGAGGACGCGACUCUGCAGUGGAUACACAAGGAAGGCGGAAGCAAAGAAGUCAUGGCAAAGAGGGACGGAUUGGCAACACAGCUCAAGGAAGACUAUUGGAGACUCGACCCAUAUCUGCGCGCGCGCUGUCUCUACGACAGACAGGGGAUAUUACAGGGCAUUGCUGGGGCGAACUGGUAUGAACCGGCAAGGGCAGCGACUGCUGACGGGAAUGGGAAUCCAGACACGUCAAUCAACGAUGUAGAUUAA